AUGGUUGAUAAGCCCGAAUUCUCAAAAUAUGGUUCAAGAAUAAUACCAAAACCGCCCUGGAUGCCCGUAGGAGAUGAACACGCCCGUAGUCCAGUCAAAAUUACUGAUAUACUAGCCUCAGUCGAAUAUCCACCGUUGUUUGCGAAAAAAUCAUGGACUCAAGGUGUACCAGAAAGGGACACGCAAAUGUAUUUCCGACCCUCCGAAACCAUAGGAUCCGCGUUCACUCCACAAGCUCAGCACUUGAAGAUUCAAGAUUUGUCGAAGAAGCGAAAAGUCGAAAAACCCAGUCCUUUGGGGGCUGAUGGUAGAUUACAGUAUCCGCCCAAAAAGUCCCGCAAAGAACAACAGGAAGAGAGAUUGAAGCAAGAACGUAUUGAACAGAAAAAGAAAGAUCUUUAUGUGCCAGGAAUUAUAAGUGCUGAAUAUUUAUUAUCGGGACAAUGGCACCGAGACCAAAAAGCGAAGAAAGAAAAAAAGGAAAAGGAAAAGGCCAUGAGGAAAAAGUUGAAUAUAUUGAAGUGGGAAGGCUUUCCAGAUGAAAGAGGAAAAUUGGCAGCCAUGCAAGCAAUUUUACCAAAAGACCCCGAUGAACAAAAAAACUAUCUUUUCAAAGAAAUGAUAAAGGAAAUGGUACCGGUAAACAAAAGUGAUGUAGAAAGAAUUGUUUAUUAUUUAACAGACGGUAUUGAAGCAAAAGACAUUCCUCCAUACAACAAAAUCCUCUUGGACAGAGCCAAGUCGAAAAUCCCCGAAAAAUACAAAACCCUUAAAUGUUUCAAAACAAUGAUAUCCACUCAUGAAUCAGAAGUGCUCAAAUGGUAUUGCAUUUAUAUGAGAUACGAUUUGCUAUUUUAUAUCCUGCAUGAUCCGGCUGAAUGGAAACGAUUGAGAUUGGAAAGUUGUCCCAAAUUUUUUCCAGUUCUAGUUAUCAGAGCUCCAGUCCCUUGGCAUAUUCAAUACUGCAUCAGCCAACAGUACAUGGAACGACAUUAUUUUAUUGGCAAUAAAAUUGUUAUAAAAAUUCGAGAGUUGUGGUUCGAGCAUUAUGACGACAUGUAUAUCUUACCUAUUGAGAGUCUCAGCGACGACUUUCCAUUUGAACCAGAAAUACUUAAAGAAAAAGUCGAAGAAACCUGCCAGUCUGCAAAGAACAUUUUACUGCUGCAAUGGUUGCCGGAAUGCGCUGAUAUUUUUCUGGAACAUAAAAAACUUUGGAGACAAUACGUUCCCAGGAAAACUGGAGAAUCUUGUGAUUUGGUUGAUAGAUUUUUUAGUUGCGUGAAUAAUCUUCUUAGUAUGCAAUUAAGAUCAAUGGUAAUGAAAAGUUUGCUGCACUUAAAAGAGCUUUUAGUGAAUUUUAAGAAUGGAAAUGAUUAUGGAGAAGAAUACUUCGAUUUGGCGCUAAUUAAGUUACCAAUUCUUACUAUAAAAGUAGUACCAACCUUGGGAACCAACAACUUAACAAUUGAGCCGUCAUUAGAUAAUGUCAAAGAUAUGCUUAUGCAUUAUUUUAUAAAUAUUUUGGAUGUCAAUAAAAACGUCUUGAGGAUUCAAAAUGUUAUGUUUCCAGAGCUUGCACACAAAGAAGCUUAUCUCCAUUCCGUUUACGAAUCUGAAGAACCAGUAAUGAAAAUUUUCCUGGAAAUUCAACAGGCUUUUGAAGCCAACACAAUUGGUCCAGAAAAAUAUUUAGUCAUGUACGAAAAGUACUUUUAUAUUUUAAACGGUCAGGCCGAGAGGGAACUCAAUGAGUUUUUUGGCAUUCAGCCUAUGCCGUUUUUAAAAGAUUUUUCAAGAAAAAUUUACAGAUACGAAGAACUAAAAAAUGAAAUAAUAGAGCUGAGAAACUCGAUACCUCUGAAUAUGUUUUUAUUAGAUUGCAGCGAACUUAACGAGACUUUAUAUGACAUCAUUGAUGGGCUUAGAAGUAAAAUCGUUGAUCAUUUUAUCGACGAAAAUUACUCACUCAAUAGGAGUAUUUGCGAUACUUUUGAUGAAAUGUCGCAAAAAGUAAGUGGCACUCCUGAAACCAUCGCUGAAUUGGUAGAAUUGCAAAACUAUGUCAUAGAGUGCAGAGAUGUUACCAUGUACAAUCUCAAAGAACAGAUUAGAAAAACUGCGGAAAAUGUUUCUUUUUUAAUGGAGCAUGCUCAUCUAACUUUUGAAGAUCUAAACUUGAAUUGUCGCGUUUUUCUUUGGCCAAAAGAUAUGGAAGCUGUAGUCGACUUGGCAAUCCAACGAUUAAACAUGAAGCGUGAUCAAGCUGAGCAAUCUCUCAAAAAUAAAAGAGCAACAUUUGAUGGCAAACUUAGGCGCCACGAAAAACUGCUCACUGCUUUCAAGAAAAAAGACCCUCCUAUUCUUACUGUCGAAGAAAUGGAAGAAAACGUUCAUCAAAUUGAAUCCCUUGUAGCAAGACUUCAAGAAGAUAAAGUAGAAGCGGAACAAAUAAACGAAGAAGAACAACUAUUAGAUAUUGAUCCAUCGCCGUUUUUGAAUUUAGCUAAAAUGCUAACCAUGGUAGAUCCUUAUGAUAAACUUUGGCACUCUGUGUUAGAGUUUCACGAAAACUAUGAGGCUUGGUAUUAUGGUCCAUUUGCUGAGUUAGAUGCUGACGAGAUUACGGAGUAUGUAGAAAAUAUGUGGAGAACUUUGUAUAAAUUAGCCAAAACCCUUGGCGACAAUCCUGGUGCCAAACGUAUAGCAGAGAUGGUUAGGGCUAAAGUUGAGAAGUUCAGGCAAUUUUUGCCUGUUUUGCAGACUGUUUGCAAUAAAGGGCUUCAAAAACGACAUUGGGAAAGAAUAAGUGAUAUAGUUGGAGUGCAGCUGGUGAUUACUUCUGAUUCAACUUUGAAUGACAUGAUUGAAGCAGGCUUACCAAAAUAUUCACAACAACUUGAAGAAGUUAGCGGAGCAGCUACCAAAGAGUACACAUUGGAAAGAAAUUUGGUGAAGAUGAAAGAAGAAUGGAUUGAUAUUCAAUUCGAAUGUGUUCCUUAUAGAGAAACUGGAGUAAAUAUUUUAUCAGCUGUAGACGAUAUCCAAGUAAUGAUGGACGAUCACAUUUUAAAAGCUCAAACUAUGAGAGGCUCUCCAUAUGUUAAAGCGUUCGAAGGUGCAAUGCAAGCUUGGGAAGAAAAAUUGAUUUCCAUGCAGGAUAUUUUAGAACAGUGGCUUAUGUGUCAAGCUACUUGGAUGUAUUUAGAACCCAUAUUCAGUUCAGAAGAUAUUAUGAGACAAAUGCCAACGGAAGCUAGACAUUUCAAAACAGUGGAUAGAGUUUGGCGAGCGAUUCAAACUUAUUGUACACGAGACACUCACGUUCUAGUGGCCACCGAGUACAAAAACAUGUUGGCACUUUUAAAAGAGAACAACAGACUUUUGGAUGAAAUUCAAAAGGGCUUAAACGAUUAUUUGGAGAAAAAGCGUUUGUUCUUUCCAAGAUUUUUCUUUUUGUCCAAUGAUGAGCUACUAGAAAUCCUUUCUGAAACCAAAGAUCCUUUAAGAGUCCAGCCACACUUGAAAAAGUGCUUCGAAGGUAUUUACGCUUUAGAUUUCACCAAGGACGAAGAAGUUAUUGGAAUGGUUAGUGCUGAAAAGGAGCGCGUUGCUUUAAGCAGCAAAAUUAUUCCAGCUGAUGCUAAGGGUAUGGUUGAAAAAUGGCUGAUCCUAGUUGAAGCAAUAAUGAUUCAAUCCCUAAAAGACAUAACCAAAAAGGCAAUAGACCAUUAUCCGGUUGCCGAACGGCCUCAGUGGAUUCUGGCUUGGCCUGGGCAAAUUGUCCAAUGCGUCGAUUGCAUUGAAUGGACAACCGAAGUAACUAACGCUAUAUUUAGCGGAAAUUUAGCUGACCAAGAGGAAUUGUGCACUGAGCAAAUUGAGUCUAGCGUUAAAAUGGUACAGGGUACUUUGAAGCCGAACAAUCAGGUUACUGUGGAAGCUUUGAUUGUGAUUGAUGUGCAUUGCAGGGAUAUUGUAUCAAAACUUAAAGAGCUCAACGUCAAGUCUGUAGCUGACUUUAAUUGGAUUUCUCAGCUGCGUUAUUAUUGGAGAGGUGAUUCUGUUAGUGUUUGCAUGAUAACUACAGAAGUUUUGUAUGGUUUUGAGUAUUUGGGUAAUACUGGACGGUUGGUUGCUACGCCUCUUACUGAUAGAUGUUAUCGUACUCUUAUGGGUGCUCUGAAACUGAAUUUGGGAGGAGCUCCCGAAGGUCCAGCUGGCACAGGAAAAACAGAAACUUGUAAAGACUUGGCCAAAGCAGUUGCGAAAAAAUGCGUCGUCUUCAAUUGCUCUGACGGUCUAGAUUAUAAGGCCUUAGGCAAAUUCUUUAAAGGCUUAGCCCAAAGUGGUGCCUGGGCAUGCUUUGACGAAUUCAACCGCAUCGAACUUGAAGUACUUUCAGUGGUAGCGCAACAAAUUUUGAGCAUCCAAAUGGCCGUCGCUGCCAAACUAACCAAAUUUGUAUUUGAGGGCACUGAAAUUACUUUGGAUGCUACUUGUACUGUGUUUAUUACGAUGAAUCCAGGAUACGCUGGACGGCAAGAAUUACCUGACAAUCUUAAAGUCCUAUUCAGGACUGUAGCCAUGAUGGUACCGGACUAUGGGAUGAUUGGGGCUAUUUCAUUAUACUCAUAUGGUUUUACAAAAGCUCAAAGCCUUGCCGAAAAAAUCGUUCACACGUAUAAGUUAUGUUCGGAACAAUUAUCCUCACAAAAUCAUUACGAUUAUGGUAUGAGAGCUGUAAAAUCUGUUUUGUUGGCAGCUGGUGCAUUGAGAAGAACUUAUCCAAAAACAGAGGAAGAACAGCUUGUUCUGAGGGCCAUUGUUGAUGUUAAUUUGCCCAAAUUUUUAGCACAAGAUGUUCCACUUUUCAUUGGUAUCUACCAAGAUUUGUUCCCAGACAUAGAAGUACCAGCUUUCGAAAGAUCCGAGCUAAUUGAAUGCCUCAUCGAUGAUAUUAAACAGAAAAAUCUUCAGCCCACUCCAUGGUUUGUGGAGAAGUGCAUGCAAAUUUACGAAAUGAUUUUAGUGAGGCAUGGAUUGAUGAUUGUUGGAAGACCUAUGGGUGGCAAGACCAGUGCUUAUACUUCUCUGGCUAAUGGUUUAGGACGUCUAUGUAGCCGACCAGAGGCUAAACUGCAAGAAAACGGCGUGAUUCAUAGAAUAAUCAACCCUAAAGCCAUCAGCAUGGGUCAACUUUAUGGGUCUUUUGAUCCUGCAUCUCAUGAAUGGUCUGACGGGGUACUAGCAAAUACUUUCAGAGAAUUCGCGAACAGCACAACAUUAGACAGAAAAUGGAUUCUUUUCGAUGGCCCUGUAGACGCUGUAUGGAUAGAAAACAUGAACACUGUACUAGACGACAACAAAAAGCUUUGCCUUAUGUCUGGAGAAAUUAUACAAAUGUCGCCGCAAAUGAAUCUAAUAUUUGAGCCGGCUGAUUUAGAGCAUGCGUCUCCAGCCACAGUUUCCAGAUGUGGAAUGAUUUAUAUGGAGCCUCAAUUAUUAGGUUGGAACCCGUUGAUGGAUUCUUACGUAGCUACCCUGGAAAAAAUUCUGCUGCCAGAACAAAUAGAAAUUUUGGUUGAGUGCACCGAUUGGCUUGUACCACCUUCUUUAGAUUUUAUUAAUAAUAGUUGCAGGAAAUUUGUGGAGACUUCUGACAUACAUUUGGUUUAUUCUUUUACAAGGCUAUUUAAUUGCUUUUUGCUAGAAGAAACCCAAGUUAGUACCGUUUGGAUGCAGUGUGUGUUUCUAUUUUGUCUCGCUUGGGGUUUGGGUUCCACUAUCAACUACGAAAGUCAGAAAUUAUUUGAUACAUUCUUCCGAAAACUUCUCGAAGGCCAAAACAAGAACCAUCCCAAACCUAAAUCGUUCAAAUUGUCUAAAAAUCAAUUAUUCCCCGAUCGGUCUGAUAUUUUUGAUUGGUUAUACGACAAAAAAAAUAAUGGCAGUUGGAUAUCUUGGGGCGAUACUGUUGAUAAAAUUCAGCAAAUACCUCCAAAUGCCAAGGCUAGCCAAUUAAUAAUCACCACAAACACCUCUUGUCGGCAAAGAUAUUUUUUGAAAUUGUGCCUUACGAAUACCAUACCAAUUUUAUAUGUUGGCCCGACUGGUACUGGAAAAUCCGCCGUUACUUUGGAUCAUUUAUUAGGUUUACCCAAAGAAAGAUUCCUGCCCAACGUGAUUAAUUUCAGCGCAAGAACUUCAUCUGCAAUGACUCAAGAAAUGGUAAUGUCAAAACUUGACAAAAGAAGACGUGGUGUUUAUGGUCCAUCUAUGGGCAAACAAUGUAUUCUUUUUGUUGACGAUGUAGGCAUGCCUCAGAAAGAAACUUAUGGGGCCCAGCCUCCUGUGGAAUUGCUCAGGCAAUGGUUGGAUCAUGGUCAUUGGUUCGAUAAAGAUACUUCAAUGCUGCAAUUAGUGGAUGUUCUUUUUGUUGGAGCUAUGGGUGUGCCUGGAGGAGGCAGGAACGAAAUAACUGACAGAUUUUUGCGGCACAUGCAAGUUAUAGGAAUUGAUGCGUUUGAUGAUAGUACUUUGAAUAAAAUAUUUUCUACUAUAAUUGAUUGGCAUUUUGGUAAAACGUAUGCUGAUGUGGUACAAAGAAUGGCCAAGUUCUCUGUUGGAGCAACAAACGAAGUAUUCAAGGAAGCCACCUUAAAGUUUUUGCCAACUCCCACAAAGUCACAUUAUACAUUCUCUCUAAGAGAUUUUUCAAGAGUAAUUAAUGGGCUUCUAGCAACGCCUCCAAGUAAAAUGGACGAUCAAAAUAAAUUCAUCAGAUUAUGGAUACAUGAAACUUACCGAGUAUUUCAUGAUAGGCUCAUUGACGAUGCUGAUAGAAAAGCUCUGUUCGAUAUUGUGUACAAAGCAACUUACCAGAAUUUCCGUCAACCCAUGGAUAAAGUAUGCGAAACACUAGUACCCGAGGAAACAAGAUUAGGGCCUCAACAUAUAAGGAAUUUAUUUUUUGGCAGUUACAUAGAACCCGACGCUGAACCUAAGAUUUACGAUGAAAUAUCCGACAUGGAACUUCUAAUCGAAAAAAUGGAAUACUAUUUGAGUGAAUACAAUAUGAUUACAAAAUCACCAAUGAAUUUGGUUAUGUUUAAAUUUGCCAUCGAGCACGUGUCCAGAGUGUCUAGGGUUUUGAACCAACCCAAUGGUAAUGCCUUGUUGGUUGGUAUAGGUGGUUCUGGACGUCAUAGUUCUAUUAAACUUGCUAGUGCUAUGUCCGAGUAUAGUGUUUUUGAGAUUGAAUUGACAAGAAACUAUGGCAUAGCAGACUGGAGGGAAGACUUGAAAAAAUUACUUCUUAAAGCUGGAAUCGAAGGCAAGCCAAUCGUCUUCAUUUUUGCAGACACUCAAGUUGCAGAUGAAAUGUUUGUGGAAGAUAUCAGCACUGUCCUGAAUACUGCCGAUGUGCCUAAUUUGUAUGUUCCAGAGGAGAAAGCUGAAAUUUUGGAGAAAAUGCAAACUGCCGCUAGAGAAAUGGGAAGAAAAAUCGAACCAACUCCCUUGGCUCUCUACAACUACUUUAUAGAACGGGUCCGUCAGAACUUGCACGUAGCAUUAUGCUUCAGUCCCAUUGGUGACGCAUUCCGAGUCAGAUGUCGCAUGUUUCCAUCACUAAUCAAUUGCUGUACCAUCGAUUGGUUCCAAAAUUGGCCCGACGACGCUCUAGAACGUGUCGCCAACAUGUUCCUGUGUCAAACCAACAUCGAAAGCGAAAUGAUCGAAAAGUGCGUAUCGAUGUGCAAGGAGUUUCACGUCACCGUGCAAGAUUGCGCCAAGAUUUUCUAUAGAGAGCAAAAACGGAAGACUUAUAUUACCCCUACGUCCUAUUUGGAGCUGAUACAUACUUUUAUCAGUUUAUAUGGCAGAAAAGUUGAUCAAAUCAGAUUGUUGAUUAACAGAUACAUGACGGGACUUGAAAAGUUAGGCUUUGCAGCUGGACAAGUAGGCUUGAUGCAAAAAGAAUUGCACGAUUUGCAACCAAAACUGAUUGUGGCUCAAGCUAAAACUGAGAAAUUAAUGAUCAAAAUUGAACAGGAUACUGUUAUUGUUGAAAAACAAAAAGAAGUUGUAGCUGCUGAUGAAGCGUUGGCGAAUGAAGCAGCCGCAGCAGCUCAGGCCAUCAAAGACGAUUGCGAAUCUGAUUUAUCGGAAGCUAUUCCUGCGUUAGAAGCUGCCAUUGAGGCUUUAGAUACUCUAAAACCUAGCGAUAUCACUUUGGUGAAGUCAAUGAAAAAUCCUCCAUCUGGAGUGAAGUUGGUGAUGGAAGCCAUUUGUGUGAUGAAACAAAUAAAACCCGAAAGAAAACCCGAUUUGACUACGGGAAGGAUGAUGGAAGAUUAUUGGGGUCCUUCAGUGAAAGUUUUAGGAGACAUGAAAUUUUUGGAGCAUCUAAAAAUGUAUGACAAAGAUAACAUUCCAGUUCCAGUAAUGAAGAAAAUAAGAGACCGAUAUAUGCCUGACAGAGAAUUCGAUCCAGAACGGAUUAAAACAGUUUCCACAGCCUGCGAGGGUUUGUGCAAAUGGGUUCGAGCCAUGGAAGUUUACGAUAGGGUUAUUAAAAUUGUUGCACCAAAGAAGGCACGAUUAGCUGAAGCCGAAGCUGAAUUGGCUUUGCAAAUGGAUACCUUAAAUGAGAAAAGAGCUCAAUUACAAGAAGUUUCAGACAAAUUGCAAGCUCUCAACGACGAAUUUGCAGCCGAAACAAAAAAGAAAAAAGAGCUGGAAGAUCAAAUUUAUGUCUGUUCUCAGAAACUUGAUAGAGCUUCCAAGUUGAUUGAAAGUUUAGGUGGAGAGAAGGCCAGAUGGCUGGAAACUGCUGAAGCUUUGGAAUUGUUGCUUAAUAAUGUUAUAGGUGAUGUACUGUUGUCUGCUGGAGCUAUUGCUUAUUUGGGAGCUUUUACUGUAGAUUAUAGAAGAGAACUCCUGAAAGGCUGGAAUAUUCACUGUCUGAAACUAGGCAUUCCAUGCUCAGAAAACUACUCGCUAGUAAUCACAAUGGGAGAACCUGUAGUCAUUAGAUCCUGGAACAUUGCUGGUUUGCCGGUGGAUAACUACAGCGUGGAAAAUGGUAUCAUCGCUACUACUGCCAGAAGAUAUCCGCUUAUGAUUGAUCCACAAGGCCAAGCCAAUAAAUGGGUUAAAAACAUGGAGAAACAUAACAGAUUACAAGUUAUUAAACUGACUGACGGCAAUUACAUUAGAGUAUUAGAAAAUGCUAUUACCUUCGGCUCUCCGGUUAUACUAGAAAACAUUAGAGAGGAUUUAGACGCUGUACUAGAUCCCAUUUUAUCAAAAAACAUUUUCAAGCAACAAGGCGUUUGGUAUCUCAAAUUAGCUGAGAACGUUGUAGAAUAUUCUUUCGAUUUUCGAUUUUUCAUCACAACGCGACUAAGAAACCCCCACUACUUACCAGAAAUAGCUGUUAAAGUCAGUCUUCUCAACUUCAUGAUAACUCCUCAAGGUUUACAAGAUCAGCUGUUGGGUAUCGUGGUUGCAAGAGAAAAACCGGAAUUAGAAGAAAAGAAAAACGCCAUGAUUAUAGAAAGUGCAAAUAAUAAGAAAAUGCUCAAGGAGAUUGAAGAUAAAAUUCUAGAAGUUUUAUCUACGUCCGAGGGCAAUAUUUUAGAAGAUGAAACAGCUAUUAAAAUUUUGUCUUCCAGUAAAGUAUUGUCUGCGGAAAUUGAAGAAAAACAGAAGCAAGCUGCUAUUACUGAACGUGAAAUCGACUAUGCCAGAAACCAAUACGUUCCAGUAUCCAAACACUCGGCUAUAUUAUUUUUUUGCAUAUCCGAUUUGGCCAAUAUUGAGCCAAUGUAUCAAUACUCUUUGGUUUGGUUUAUAAACCUGUACAAUCAAUCCAUAACUAAUAGUACCCAGUCGCCAGUCUUAGAAGAAAGAUUAGGAUAUUUAAGUAAUUAUUUCACUAACAGCAUUUACAGAAAUGUUUGUAGGUCGUUGUUUGAAAAAGAUAAAUUAAUAUUUUCAUUUGUGUUGACUGUGGGAAUAUCAAGAUCACAGGAUAAAAUUGAUGAAGAUAUGUGGAAUUUUUUGAUAACUGGAGGUGUAGCAUUGGAAAAUCCAUUUCCAAAUCCAGCUCCUGAAUGGUUGUCUGAUAAAAGUUGGUCUGAGGUUGUUAGGGCUAGUCAAUUACGUGGUCUUGGAGGCCUUAGAGAAUCAGUCCAAAAAGACAUACUGAAAUGGAAAGAAUUCUACGACAAUUCGCAACCCAAUACACUACCAUGUCCAGCCCCAUUUGACACUUUGACUGGCCUACAACGUUUGGUAACUCUAAGAUGCAUUAGGCCUGAUAAAAUUGUACCAGCAGUUCAAAGUUACAUUGUAGAAGAAAUGGGUCAAGCCUAUUUAGAGCCUCCACAAUUCAACCUAGAAGAGUCUUACAACGAUAGCAACUGUUGUUCACCUAUUAUAUUUAUUUUAAGUCCAGGAUCUGAUCCUAUGGCCUGUCUGGUUAAGUUUGCUUCUGAUAUGGGCAUACCAAAAACAAGCCUGAUGACCAUAUCUUUGGGACAAGGACAAGGUCCUAUAGCCUCAAACAUGAUAACAACUGGUUUAGUAACAGGCCAAUGGGCCGUACUGCAAAACUGUCACCUGGCCGCUAGCUGGAUGAAGGAAUUAGAUCGAAUAUGCGAUGAAGUAAUAAUUCCAGAAGCUACUCAUACAAGUUUCAGGUUAUGGUUGACCAGUUAUCCAAGCAAUGAUUUCCCAGUGGCUAUCUUACAAAACGGCGUUAAAAUGACCAAUGAAGCUCCCAAAGGUCUCAGGCAAAACUUGCUGAGGUCCUACCAAUCCGAUCCCAUAUCCCAGCCAGAAUUUUACGCUGGUUGUUCCAAUUUGAAGCCGUUCCAUUGUCUACUGUUUGCGUUGUGUUUCUUCCACGCUUUAGUGCAAGAGAGACGUAAAUUUGGACCGCUGGGCUGGAAUAUUCCUUACGAAUUCAACGAAUCCGAUUUGAGAAUCAGCGUCGUUCAACUUCGGAUGUUUUUGAAUGAUUAUGUUGAUGUGCCUUAUGAUGCCUUAACGUAUCUGACUGGAGAAUGUAAUUAUGGAGGCAGAGUAACUGACGAUAAAGACAGGAGAUUGUUGAAUUCGCUUUUGUCUAUAUUUUAUGUGCCUGAAACUGUGAAAACAGCUUUAUAUUCAUUCUCGCCAAGCGGUCUGUAUUAUGUGCCCACCGAUAUGACGUAUGAAGGUAUAAUGUCAUACAUCAGAUCCCUGCCCAUUACACCUUUGCCAGAAGUUUUUGGUUUGCACGAAAAUGCAGACAUUACCAAGGACAACCAGGAAACGCAAAUACUUCUUUACGGAGCUUUACUUACUCAAACCCAACUGACCAAAAGUGGAGGAGAUGAUGAAAGCCAAGAAGCAGUAAUCACAUUGGCCGAGGACAUUUUAUUGAAAAUCCCGGACCCAUUUGAUUUUGAAGGAGUCAGUAAAAAGUUCCCAGUGAUUUAUGAAAAUUCCAUGAAUACAGUCUUGAGGCAGGAACUGAUUCGGUUCAACCGAUUGGUUUCGGUAAUCAAACACACCCUUAGAGAAAUGAUAAAAGCAGUCAAAGGCCUGGUAGUGAUGUCAAGUGAACUAGAAGAAACGUGCCACUCUCUUGUAAUUGGCAAAGUACCGGAGGCAUGGGCGGCUAAAAGCUAUCCCAGCUUGAAGCCUUUGGGAUCGUAUGUUACUGAUUUAAUUACAAGAUUAAAGUUUCUACAAGAUUGGAUCGAUAAAGGUGCCCCGUUGGUGUUCUGGAUCUCCGGAUUCUAUUUUACUCAAUCGUUUUUGACUGGGGUGUUGCAAAAUUACGCCCGACAAAAGCAUUUGCCCAUCGAUUGGAUCCAUUUCGAGUUUUACGUUACCAAGUACGAGCAGGACGUGGAAAAGACGUUAGAAGUUGGAGUGUAUUGUAAGGGUCUGUUUCUGGAAGGUGCCAGAUGGGACAGGAAAACUCAAUUACUAGCUGAGUCUUUUCCGAAAAUAUUAUUCGAUAUGGUCCCGAUUAUGUGGCUGAAACCCGCCCAACAAGCCCAUUUCAAACCGACUCCCUGUUACGACUGUCCCGUUUACAAAACUAGCGCUAGAAGAGGUGUUUUGUCCACUACAGGACAUUCCACCAAUUUUGUCAUGUAUACAACUUUUAAUAGUUAUUUGCCCCAGAAGCAUUGGAUUAAUCGUGGUGUGGCUUGUUUGUGCCAAUUAGACGAUUAG